AUGGGCGGAGGCGAAGGGAGUGACGAGCUGUUUGGCCUUACUACAGUGUUGGAUUUACGAUCACUUCCCUACCCUCAAACCAGGACAACUACAACCUCAACAAUGCUGACAUAG